GUAAAAUGAACUUUUCUUGGCUUACACAGUGCACCUUUAAAGCGGAUAAACAAGUUUUACGUGAUUCUUCUUCUCGUAACUUCCCUUCAGUAGAUUUCCCCUGUGAUUUUUUUGUUUGUUUUUGCCAAGCAACAUUUUAGAUGAUUUUUUUUUUAGGCAUGCGGAAGGUUACUGUAACACAGCCAACUUUUAAACGUCUUAUCUUUCUGGAGGACAGAGGCAAGUCACGAGAGCUUUGACAGUGCACUUAUGUACAGACUGAAAGACAUGUACUUAAAAAUUAUACUAAUUUUCUCAGGAGCAGUUUCCAUCUAUGCUCAAAGAAGUCAUGAACUUUGUCACAAUUAUGGCUGCUUUGACUCGAGUGAUACUCAACUCUGUGUGACACUGGAUGGUGAUGAUGUCUACUACGCUGACUUUAAAGAAAAGGGUCUUGUUUGGGAAAGCAGAAUCCCUUCAAUGAUCCACGUUCCCUGGGCUUACGAAUAUGCCGUACAUUACAGACAAAGUUGCAGAUAUGAUUUGCUCAGAUGGAAACCAGACACGUCUGCUGCAACAAUGACCACAGAGACACCAGAAAUCCUCAUCUAUCCCAGAGAUGAAGUGAUAGAAGGAGAAGAGAAUACACUCAUCUGCUUCAUCAACCAUUUCUUCCCUCCCUCCAUUGACAUAAAGUGGACCAAGAAUGAUGUAGAAGUAACAAUGGAAGAUGCUUUCAACAAAUGCUUACCCAAUCCUGAUGGGACGUUUCACGUUUUCUCCAACCUGAACUUUGUCCCAAAGGAAGGAGACAUCUAUGGCUGCACUGUGGAACAUGCGUCGCUGGAGAAGCCUCAGACUCAGUUUUGGGAAACUGACACAGAUGAGACGAACAUUGGUCCAGCUGUCUUUUGUGGACUUGGCCUGGGUCUUGGACUUCUUGGAGUUGCUGCAGGAACAAUAUUUUUUGUGAAAGGAAACAAAUAUCAGGGCUUCCUUGUGACCCAGUAGUUAAGACCUAUAAUAUAUACAGCACUGUUAUUUCAUCAUCCCUGGUUUGUUUCUGGCCACUGACAUUUGUUUCAUGUUACUUCCACUUUUCUCUGCUCCCUUGUUUCCUGACACCUCUCAAUUGUCUACUUUGAGUAAAGGCCAAGAUGCCUGCUCAAAAAAAGGAAAUGUAUGCAUAUGAGUCAAGCUGAAUCACUUUUGUAUCUGUAAUUCAUUUGAAGAUCACAUCUAUAAUGUGUUAUGAGGGCAUUUAGAGUGAAUUCUAAUGCAUUUAUAAUGCUCUAUGACUAACACACACCAUGCUUCCUGAUACACGUAAUCAACAGACAUAAAACAUUAGAGAUGUGUCUUAUAAUGUAUUGUAAGUGUCUUAUGGAUGCUCUUGACUAGUUAAAAAGUAAAGACUGACUGAUGGAGCUUAUAAUGCAUUACAAAUACCUAAACUCACCUAUACACACCUCAACAAUCAACUGCAGUUAGGAGUCCUAGGAUGUUAUAACAGUCCAUGCAGUAUCAUAGUUAUCAUUGUGUGUGUUAAGUAAUGCAAAGUAUAUAUUGAUGCAUCUAUAGUAAUGCAUACCUCAUCAUAGGGUUCAAUUGUUUAUGUUAAGUGCAGCGCAAUGCAUUUUCAUGUAUUUAAAACAUUUUUUCUGGAUUAAUCUGGAAUUCUGGAUUUUCCAACUUGCAAAUGUGGCCCACAUGAGUCAUGCAAAUCUGUAAAAAAUACAUAUAUUUCUGAGAAGGGAGUUUGUUCAUAGGUGCUGCCUGGCCUGGGCAUUCGGGUCUUUUUUUUCAAUUUCAAUUUCGAUUUUUCUUUUUUUUGACGCUCUGAUGAGGGAUAUAAAUCUACUUUCAGAAUCAUCUGAUGUAGCUUGUGACCUUCAGUGAGGACGUGUUUCACAUGACUACAUGACUACAUACAUAUUCAUUGUUUAUUUCGGUUAAGAUCUGGAAUGCAUCCCAUGUCCCAUAAUUAAUACACAAAUACUGCUACUAUGUGAGAAGUGUCAAGCAUAUUCUGGAAAUUGCAAAGAUUCACACCAUGUGCAGGAUGGCAAAAGUGGGAUUUUAACUUUUAAAGUUUGCAUCAAAAGAUGUUCACCUUCCCUCUCAACUACUGCACAUCGGGUCACCACUGAGUAUGUACCGAGAUGAAACAUACCUCCCUAGAAGGAUUUUACAGAAUAAAUUAUAAAUUGAAUUGAGUUAUAUUUCCUUGAGUUGAAUAUAUUAUUUUGGUAGCAUUUUACACAUAUAUUUGUUUAUAUAUGUUUAAACCACAAGAUUUCAUAACAGAUGGGCAGAAACAGGAGGAUUGUGUGCAGGUAUAGGUAGUUUCAUGACAACUUCUUCAACCUCGCCCACCAGCUCCUGGGCCAGGAAGCCAAACCAACCUCACAGGCAGAGGGCAGAGAGAGGGAGGUCACAAAACUUUAACAAGUUCACAACAUGUUCACACAGUUUAAAAACAUAACACAUCAACCUGCUUUU